ACCACCUCACUUUGGGUCUGUGCAUGUAUGAUUUUCAUCUGAUCAUCUUAAACCUUUAUCAGCUGCACUUGGAAGUUUUCAGCUCAACUUACUUAUUUAUUUAAAUCCUGUGGUUAGUGUGUGAGCAACAGCAGCACCAUAAAGUCCUCAAUGAAACACAAAGAAAGACGUGACUACGUGUUGACAUCCGUCGUUGUCCCAGCAUCGGGGCUUGUUAUUUAUCAAGUGUCUCAGGAUCCCAUGGGAGUUCAUGAGGAUAUUUAUGUUAAUUAUGGAUCCUACACUGACUUUCAGGAACAGAGGGAUGUCUCUUUGGCAAGGGUGUGACCACAGAACCCGUCUCCACCAAUAGGAAAGCAGCGUUGUGCGCGAGUCUCAGGCUCCAUGGAGGUAAACCUGAGACAAACGACUGCACAGAGGAAAAUGUCCAGAUGACGUCAGAUGACACGGUCUAACUAUGCUGACAUAGCAGGCUGAACAGCUGAUUGACUUCUCAACCACACAUCCUUCCUCCUGUCGCUGCCCACCCACCGUCCGUCCAGCCAUGUUGCUGAGGAAGAAGUUGUGCGUUGUUGUGGUGAUCGCUGCCAUCCUCUUCCUCAUGCUCGCCAGUCACAGCAUCCAGAGGAGAUAUGUCUUGCCUGGGUCAUCAUCCUUGCCCACCAUUUGGGCCACGCCCCCCAGCAGGCAGGCAGUGCAUCUUGCUGACGUGACCCCUGAACCGCCCCAGACGCACCCUCCUCCCACCCCCACCGAGCCUGAGGCCGAGGAGGAGGCUGUAGAUGACUCCCAGCCUUACCCGAGGUCUUGUGGUUGUCCUGAGUCCUGUGUUUCGGACCUCGGGUCAUCGGACUGGUUCAGCCGAAACUAUGACCCCAAACAGCAGCCCAUCCUCCGAAGCUUCAACAACAAUUUUGACCCUGAAGCACUCAGAUGGUGGCUGAGUCUUCAGCGGUCCGGUAACGACCAGACUCUAGAGAAAGUGAUGUCAGAGAUGUUCCAGGUCAUUUCCCCACCCACUGUGGACUUAAGUCCCCACCCCUCUCGUUGCCGUAGUUGUGCAGUGGUCGGCAACUCCGGCAACCUGCGAGGGUCCAGAAACGGCAAGCUGAUCGACUCCCACAACUCCGUGAUCCGGAUGAACAAGGCAGUGACUAAAGGAUUUGAGAAAGACGUCGGGAAUCGGACCACACAUCACUUCCUGUACCCAGAGAGCGCGGUGGACGUUGCGCGAGGGGUCAGCCUCGUCCUGCUGCCUUUCAAACUGAGAGAUCUGGAGUGGCUGACCAGUGCGCUGUCCACCGGCCAGGUCAAGAUGACCUACAUGAGGGUUAAAGAGAGAGUGGAGGCCGAUAAAGACAAGGUUCUGGUGGUGAACCCGGAGUUCUUCAAGUACGUUCAUGAUCACUGGACCGAGAAUCAUGGUCGCUACCCCUCCACCGGCAUGCUGGCUAUCAUCUUUGCCCUACACACCUGUGACAAGGUGUCUGUGUUCGGUUACGGUGCAGACAAGCAGGGGAACUGGCAUCACUACUGGGAAGAGAAUCGCUACGCCGGAGCCUUCAGGAAGACCGGCGUCCACAGCGCCGACUUUGAGACGAAGGUCAUUCUCCACCUCGCCAAGGAAGGCAAGAUCAGUCUGCACGUGUGACACAACAACUGACGGACCCACCCACCUGCAGGCAGACCCACAGAUGUCCUUACGGACCUGCUUACUGACCAACAGAUCAUUCACCACUUUAUUUUAGAGACCAAGAACCACCUGCAUCUUUUCUGGUGUCCAGUUGAAUCUGGUUGAUUGCUGCUGAGCGUCGGCACGCGCAGCUGUCGUCUGACUGUUAAACCAAAUUGGAGCCAGCUCUGGACCAUAUGGUUGCCAGAUUUGGACAUAACAGGAAUCAGACCUGUGUACUUCUUGCAUAUUAUAAUCAUCGUCCUCGUGUCUGCCCUGAUUCAGACGUCCAGGUAUGUUGGAUUGAGGCUGCUGUUGGGGCCCAAACAUUUUUUGAUACAUAGGUUAACUGUGGAUGGACUUUUUUGGGGGUGAGACGGGCUAAGCCUGCAAACUCCAGCUGGUCGGGGGGGGGACUGGGGUGGGGGCUCGGAUUUCCUCCCUCAUGCAGACUCCUGCUGGUUAAAAUGACUUCCAGCCCAACUUGAACAAAUAGAGACUUUUUUGGGGGCUCUCCACUGUUCACAGAGACAGACCGUCCUGCCGUCUACGACUGCGUGGAUCGACCACACAAGUUUUGCUCUGAGCGGGAAACAACCACAGACUUUUUAUAUCUUUUUUAUUGGAUUUUAUAGACAUUAUACAGGGAUAACCUCCUUUUCUAAUCAAAGCACUUUGCCCUGAAGAAGAAAUGGCAUGAGGCCAUGUUGUUACUCAUCUGUCCAGCCAUGUUACAAGACUUUUUAUUUUUUUGUUUUUUAAAUAUCAUUUAUAAUCCAUCCAUUUAUUCUUAUCUUAAUGCAAACCGUCCUGAUCUAGAAGAUCCUGACAGACUGGAAAAAGGGCGACAGUUUUUAAGUUUUACGUCCUAUCAACAUUUUUUAAAUUUUUUUUUUUUACCUAAACCAAUGUCACUUCCUGUCUUGACCAUAUAUGGAAGCAGUGAGUGGGAGGAGCCUGUGUGAGGUACUCAGCCUGUGGUUAUGAUGCUUCUACAGUCUGCAAGUUUUCAUCUGAUUUCACUGAUUGUUCAAAACA